AGCCUUGGCUCGCACCCCGCCCAGUCACUGACUGGCCAAAGUCACCGAGCCUCGGCGGCCUCCGCCAGAGCUCGCGCGCCACGACCCCGGCCAUGGCCUCCCGGCUGUUCUGCAGGUCCCUCCGCAGCUGGAGCCGCCUAACCACCCAGCCUUUGGUCCCCAUCGCCCCGAGUACUAGGUCCUCACAUACAGAAGGGAAAGGUCGGCUUGAAAGUUCGUCCGCCAAAAGCCUCACAGAUGUCGGCAUUAGGAGAAUCUUCUCUUCGGACCAUGAUAUAUUCAGGGAAAGUGUGCGGAAGUUCUUUCAAGAGGAGGUGAUUCCACAUCACACAGAGUGGGAGAAAGCUGGAGAGGUAAGUAGAGAACUUUGGAAAGAAGCUGGAAAACAAGGACUGAUAGGUAUCAACAUUGCGGAGAAACAUGGUGGUAUUGGUGGAGACCUGCUUUCUACAGCCAUUGUCUGGGAGGAACAAGCGUACUCAAAUUGUACAGGCCCCGGAUUUAGUCUUCAUUCAGACAUCGUUAUGCCCUACAUUGCGAACUAUGGAUCAGAAGAACAGAUUAAACGGUUUAUCCCUGAGAUGACAGCGGGCCGAUGCAUUGGGGCCAUAGCUAUGACAGAACCCGGGGCAGGAAGUGACUUGCAGGGAGUAAGAACAAAUGCAAAGAAAGAUGGAACUGACUGGAUUCUCAAUGGUAGCAAGGUGUUCAUUACUAAUGGGUGGUUGAGUGAUUUAGUGAUCGUCGUUGCUAUCACAAACCGUGAAGCUCGCUCUCCUGCCCAUGGUAUCAGCCUUUUCCUAGUGGAAAAUGGGAUGAAAGGAUUCAUCAAGGGACGAAAGCUUCAUAAAAUGGGAUUGAAAGCUCAGGAUACAGCAGAGCUGUUUUUUGAAGAUGUACGUUUGCCAGCAAGUGCCCUACUUGGAGAAGAAAACAAAGGCUUCUAUUACCUCAUGGCAGAGCUCCCACAGGAAAGGUUACUGAUUGCUGAUAUUGCCAUUUCUGCAAGUGAAUUUAUGUUCGAAGAAACUAGGAAUUACGUCAAACAGAGAAAAGCUUUUGGGAAAACAGUUGCACAUAUACAGACGGUGCAGCACAAACUAGCUGAAUUGAAAACACACAUCUGUGUGACCAGGGCUUUUGUGGACAGCUGUCUGCAGCUGCACGGGGAAAAACGUCUGGACUCGGCAACUGCUUCCAUGGCAAAAUACUGGGCAUCUCAGCUACAAAACACUGUGGCUUACGAUUGUGUGCAGCUCCAUGGAGGAUGGGGAUACAUGUGGGAAUACCCCAUUGCAAAAGCAUAUGUGGAUGCCCGAGUCCAGCCAAUCUACGGUGGAACGAAUGAAAUAAUGAAGGAGCUGAUUGCUAGAGAGAUCGUACAUGACAAGUAAACAUCUGCUCCCAUCCUGGAAUCCAAUUACUAUUGAUCUGGAUUUAAAUUUCUUUAUGAUAGAAUACAACCUGGAAAGAGAAAAUGUGUUUGAAUUUUUUUUUGUACAAGAUGAAACAAAGUUUGGAGAUGAAAAAUUAUUUUGUUGAGGGAGAAUUCUUUAUACACUAACUUCUGAAAUUUUCAAAUGGGAGAGGCUUAACUUUUAAUACAGUUUUCACAUAAAAGGAUAGUACAUUUUAAGGUCUGAGCAGCUCAAAUUUGAACUUAAUCUAAAAUUGUUAAAUGGCUCUAAUUUGAGUUUGAGUUAACAUAGUCCAACUGACUGUUGCUAAAAUUAUUCUCAUAAUUUCUUCAGUUCCUGUGAAUGAUGCAGCCUUACCUAAAUUAGUAUUGGGCUUUCUAUUUUAAUAUGUAAGAGAACUAUCAUGCGCUCCCUUACCUUUCUUUAAAAACUUUGGUACAUUUCAUGGAUCUCAAAGGAUUGGCUCUUAUUUCAGAAUAAAAUAAUGUCAAUAAAUGCAGCAAUUUAAUUUGCAAGUAAACCACACUAUUUUAGAAUAUGUUUUGUGUAUGUUAGUGAAGCAUCAAAUAAAAUAUUUUAAAUGCUUAAAUUAUUCUUGUUAACCAUGAAAA